AUGCCUGUGUCCCAAACCCUCACCUUCCUGAAGGAGUAUGCUCUGCCGGCCUCAAGUGACUCGUACCUCAUACCUUCACAGAGCCUUGGUCCCAUCACUGAUGUUAAAAAACAAAAAAUCAAAUCUGAAAGGAAAUGCAAAAGAGAAGAGUCUAUCAAAUUGACCCACCUCUCUUUGGACCGUCUGCCCAGUACACCAGAUGGUGCCAGAUACAGAUUGCUGUUGGCCACAAGUCACUCUAAUAACUUAGAGAAGAACCCCAACAACACUCUGACAGGUCUGCAGAACAAGACAGUCCUCCCAGCACCAGAGCUCAUCGGGAAGAUGUACAUUCAACAGGUUGGGACAGGGGAUGUUGGCCAUACUCCCCAGCAACCAACCUACUUCCUGCUUGCGGAAAUAGUUGAGCAAAGUGAGAAGGUUGGGAAGAAGGCAGGCCUCCAGAAUAUGGAAGCUCCAAAACAUUGGAUGCUGGAUAAACUGACUGGUGUGUUUGCCCCUUGUCCAUCUACCGCUUCCCACAAGCUGAGAGAAUGUCUGCCCCUAAUCAUUUUCUUAAAGAGCAGAUUUAAGUAUGCCCUAACAGGAGAUGAAAUGAAGAAGAUUUGCAUGCAGCAUUUCAUUAAGAUCAAAGGCAAAGUCCACACCAAUACAACCUACCCUACUGCUUUUAUGAAUGUCAUCAGCGUUGAUAAGACUGGAGAGAAUUUUCAUUUGAUCUAUGACACCAAGGAUCGCUUUGCUGUUCAUUGUAUUGAGAGACAACCUUUUAGUAUUAUACCUGAGGAGGCCAAGUAUAAGUUGUGCAAAGUAAGAAAGAUCUUUGUGGGGAUAAAAGGAAUCCCUCAUCUGGUGACCCAUGAUGCUCGCACCAUCCAUUACCCGAAUCCCCUCAUCAAGGUGAAUGACACCAUUCAAAUUGACUUGGGGACUGGCAAGAUUACUGAUUUCAUCAAAUUUGACACUGGUAACCUGUGCAUGAUGAUGGGAGGUGCUAACCUGGGAAGAAUUUGUGUGAUUACCAACCGGGAAAGACAUCCAGGCUCUUUUGAUGUAGUUCACGUGAAAGAUGCGAAUGGCAACAACUUUGCCACAUGGCUCUCGAACAUUUUCAUUAUUGGCAAAGGCAACAUACGGUGGAUCUCUCUUCCCCGUGGAAAGGGUAUUCGUCUUUCUAUUGCUGAUGAGAGAGACAAGAGACUGGCAGCCAAACAGAGCAGUGGCUAAAAUGAUCUCUAUGUGAUGUGAUUGGAAAAGUCUUUGUACUUAAUUAAAGAUAAUACCAAGUGAUUAAUAAAAAAAA